AACACGGGAAACAAGGGGGGACCAGACGCGGACAGCCGCCUCCUCUCUGUCGGUUGUUGUAACCGGAUAUUUAUUUAUCUUUUUACCGGAUCGAUGUGACCGAUCAGGGCCGGCGGUGGUGAUCAGGUAUAGCGAACAGCUGAGUUUAGUUUUGCGGUGUGUGUGUGUGUGCGCGCGUGUGUGUGCUCGCGCGUGCAGUCGGUCGGGCGGAGGAGAGAGAUGCGUUGCCUGGUAACAGAGACAGGACCGAGGAGGAAAACAGGCCAACCGUCAGUCUGAAUGAAGAUCUGCAGCGUCAACGGACGUGCCUGCAGUCGACGCUGAGGGUGAAGCCGCCGUGAUGCCGUGCUCGUGUGCAGAGUGGAGGCGGUGGAUCCGCCCGCUGGUCCUGGUCCUCUACGCCCUCCUGCUGGUGGCCGUGCUGCCGCUCUGCAUCUGGGAGCUGCAGAAAGACAAAGUCGGGACUCACAGUAAAGCUUGGUUCAUCGCCGGCAUCUUUGUUUUUCUGACCAUCCCGAUUUCACUGUGGGGGAUUCUGCAGCAUAUGGUGCACUACACCCAGCCGGAGCUGCAGAAACCAAUCAUCAGAAUACUAUGGAUGGUGCCCAUCUACAGUUUGGACAGUUGGCUGGCUCUGCGGGAUCCCAACCUGGCCAUCUACGUGGACACGUGCAGGGAGUGCUACGAGGCCUACGUCAUCUACAACUUCCUGGUGUUCCUGCUCAACUUCCUCAGUAACCAGUACCCCAGCCUGGUGCUCAUGCUGGAGGUGCAGCAGCAGCAGCCACACCUGCCCCCGCUCUGCUGCUGCCCGCCGUGGCCCAUGGGAGAGGUGCUGCUGUUCAGGUGUAAGCUGGGAGUCCUGCAGUACACUGUGGUCAGGCCCGUAACCACGGUGAUAGCGCUGAUCUGUCAGCUCUGUGGGGUUUAUGAUGAAGCAAACUUCAGCUUCAGAAACGCCUGGUCCUACCUGGUCAUAAUCAACAACAUAUCUCAGCUGUUUGCCAUGUACUGUCUGGUGCUGCUGUACCGAGCUCUCAGAGAGGAGCUGACUCCCAUCAGGCCCGUGGGCAAGUUCCUCUGCGUCAAACUGGUGGUCUUCGUCUCCUUCUGGCAGGCUGUGUUCAUAGCGUUCCUGGUGAAGGUCGGCGUGAUCUCCGACAAACACACCUGGGACUGGGACAGCGUGGAGGCCGUGGCCACUGGACUGCAGGACUUCAUCAUCUGCAUAGAGAUGUUCCUGGCUGCCAUUGCUCACCACUACACCUUCACCUACAAGCCCUACGUACAGGAAGCAGAGGAGGGGUCAUGUUUCGACAGCUUUCUGGCCAUGUGGGAUUUCUCAGACAUUCGAGCUGAUGUCACAGAGCAGGUCCGCCAUGUUGGUCGUACGUUCCUGGGUCGUCCCAACAAGAUGUAUUUCGGCACAUCAGCUCGACCCGAACACACCGAACACACCGGCCUCCUCACAGCGUCCUCCCAGGACCCCAUCGCAGCGGCGGCCACAUCGAUGCCCUCCUCCCCUUCCUCGAGCGGACGGUACCAAGGCCUCGGCCACACCCCGGCGCCUCACUCCAUCUCCGCUCCUGCAGGGUUCACCUCCUCGUCCUGGGAGGACGACAGCGACAACUCGCCUCCGCAGGCGGGUGGAGUCCAUUAACCACAUCCAGGGGUGGGACUGGAUUCUGUAUAAAAACCAAAAUAAAAGUAUAAAAUGAACUCUCGUACAAAGUCUUGUUUUCAAAUGUAUGAAAAACAAACUGAUUUAUCAAGACUAGGCAAAG